AUGCUGCUGAGUACAGUAUCUGUACUUACAAAGUAUUUAGAUCAUCAGAAAGUCGCCGACUUGGCUAUUCAUUUGAGCAAUGAUCUUUAUAAUGACCCUAACAACGUAAAGGGUCUAUGCGAUCUUCUUGAUGAGCUAGAUUUAGACACAAGAAAACAGAUAUACCAAAAUAUUUUUGACUAUUGCAUGACUAUAAUGAAGAGUGAAAAUUCAAUGGAAGAGUCCAAAUUGGAUGAAGUUCUCGGCUUAGGUAGAAAAUUGCCAGACAUAUUCACUAACAUACUAGGGAUGAUUGAAGAUAUCUUAGAAACAUAUAUUCACCAAAACUCUACAGGCUUUUUACAGGACUUCAAAGAGAUAUUUAAAGAUAUGGAGGUUGGUCUGAAAACUGAUCAAACCAUUUCAAACGAGUUCGUGCUGUCUUUGCUCCUCAGGUUAGAAUAUUUUUUCAUGAGAAGAAGAGAGAGUGUCAACUAUAAAUUGGAUUUCAUUCUUCUUUACUUAGUGGGGGCAAAAAACCACCCGAUUUCUUCAAAUGCAAUGAAAGUUUUACGCUGGAGAAUGAAUUCCAUCAUAGAGAAAACUAACGAUAUGUAUCUAAUAUGGAACGUUAUAUUCUCGUUGCAAAAUUCUUCUGAUUCAGCUCAUAAGACUGAAGGCUACGUGCUAUGGUUUCAUUGUUUGCACGGAUUCGAUUAUACUGACAAUGAUGUUUAUCAAGCACUUAUUCAAAAACCUCAAUAUUGGAUCAUGCUUCAAAAUGGGUUGGCUGGUAACUCACACGAGCAGUGCAAGUUGUGUCUAACACUUUUACAGCUUUCGGUUAAAAUGAUAAACUGUACCAUUUCAAAUACAAUAUUCAUUUGGAGUAAAGAAAGUAGAGAGACCUAUCUCAAUGAAUGGGCUAGAUAUAUCACCUUAUAUGAGAUUUUGAGGAUCGAUACUUCUUUGCAUCAAGCGGAGGCUGGGUACAAUGACUUGAUGAGCUUUGUUUCGCCAAACUCCCUUGUUCACCCAUCCUGGGGAUAUUACUUAUUGUCGACAGGCUUCAAAGCCACAAUGGAUUCGGUUAGGAAGUUUUCCCUCAACUUAUUAUUUAAUAUACCCGAAAGCAGCCUUUGCACUUUCAAGUAUGCUUUAGCUCCUUUGGAAAGUGUUUUCUUGCCUUACGCGAUGAUCGCAUCACAUUUUGAUGUUAGAGAGAUGGAUGGGGUUAAUGAAUGUCCUUUUGGGACAAAAUUAUCCAAUUUCAUUUCUAAGGUAUUGAAGAGCAUUCAUGAUACGAAAGAUGCUGAAGAUAUCGUUUAUUAUAUUUUGAAGGUUUUAGUGGAGAUGAAAGAAGCAUUUGACCCAGCUAGAAUAUAUAUAUGCUUCGGAAUUGUCAAGGGUUUGAAAGGUAGGGAAAUAUUGAGAUUCGGCUGUCAUGACAAAUUACUUUUACAUCUCUUUGAAGGCUCUUCAGAAGGACCACUUUUUGAAAGUGUUUCUCAAACGUUAAAUUUGAAAAUACUAAUGUCAUUCAAGUUUGAUAAUAUAAGUGCAUUUAUAGGCAUGAUUGGAAAAUUUAUCAAUUUCAAUGGCUUUGAGUUAGUUAAACGUAAUUUCUCAUUAAUUUCAACAUAUGUUGCCAAUAAAAAUGUUCCCUUGGUGGACAUCACAGAUAUUCUUUCCGGUGAAUAUUCAAUUAAUCAUAAGGCGAUCGCGAUACGUCUUAUUUAUCCAAGCGGUGAGCCACCAUAUAGCUCAGAAUUUCUGGAGACAUUGUUAGGUAAACUUCUUGAAUUUGAAUUUAUUUUGAGCACUACAGCCCGUGAAGAAAUUAUAAUGCUAUAUCGUAAGCUAAUAAUUAAUGCGCUAAAUGGUAAUUUGAGUGUUGAACUGUAUGACAUAUUAGCGAAGGUUGACUUUCAGAAAUAUCAAAUAUUUGUGCCAGCUACAUAUGAUUGGUCUGGAAUCUGGAAAAGCAUUACUGGUGGUCUUUGUUCUAAGGUCUUGGAGCAAGUUGAGGCUUCUUUGACGCGUUUCAGCUUCUUUAAUAAUAUAUGUUCAAUGAUAGGGUCAAAGCCUGAUAUUGGUACUAUUUUAAGGGCUCAGGAUGCAUUCAUGAACAAUUCUUCAAAUUUGAGCAAGUGCGUUCAACACUUUUACAAAAUAAAAGAGGCAAUAAUUGGAGAGUUCUAUAAUCUUCUAUCAUUAUCUACAACGAACCAUAUACUUGCAGACUCUCAAAUUGAAAAUUUGGUCGACAAGCUCGACCAUGGACUCGGUGAUUACAAGGCCAAUACAUCGCUAGUCAACUUAACUAGUAACUUGCUAAUUUCAGCAAAGGGUAAGGACCUAGUAAGCAGAAUUGUGAAUUUCGUGGUUGAGUUAUGGGAAAAUUUAACAGAUUCUCGUCUUCAGCUUAAUCAAAAAAAGUUGCACGUUUCAAUUAUCGAACUCUUACUCUGUGAAAAAGUCCUUAAUCUAUCUUCUUCUGAUUCCAGUUUAGAUUCCAGUUUGCUCAGGUUUUGUAAAUCAAUAAUCAACUGUUCUUAUGGGAGGAGGGGGUUACUUCCAUGUCUUUCUAAAAGCAUAUUGAACUUUCAAGUGCUGAGUCCGAUGCUUUUUGAAAAAAUUAACUGGAUGCCAGAAGUGAUAGUCAGAGGGUCUCUUUUGUAUCAGCUAAGAAGUAAUGUGUUCAAAUUAGAAUCAGUCGUGGGGAGGAUAUUCGAUGAAACACAUUCGUUAAAUAGUGAAUCGAGCCUAUACUAUCAAGUAUAUGGGGAAAAAGAAAUCAGCAGCAAGAUUAAUUUCACAGCUUCAGUCAUGUCGACUAAAACCAAAAGUUUUGAUUUUAAUGUUUUUAAGUUCAUCAUAGACAGUUCAGAAGAAUUCAGCCUAUUCAAGGUGCUCCGUGCUCAAGAUGGAUACGAAGAAUGGACCAGGAUUCAACUUUUCGCAAUUUUAGUUCCAAUAACUUAUAGACUUGAUAAUUCGCUUUUAAACCAGUUUUUAAAUGAUGUUUUAAAAGCCAUUGAAACGGACCCGAGUCCCUUAGUCAGAGUCUAUUUAGAAUGGAUCCUUGCUCUUCACUUAGACCAGAAUUAUUCUGACAAGCUCUUAAAUGCCUUGAUGGACAGUGAUGGGACUAUGAAGCCGACUGUUGUUACCUCCUAUGAACGAAUUUUGUAUUUGCUGGUCAAGCAACUACCUUUUGAAGAAAAGUCAGAUAAAAUGGCGCGUUUACUUACCAUCUUGAUUCCAGCAGCAAGCUCGAAUAAGGCCAUGACCCGUCAUUUUUCAUUAUCAUUGAUCUGCUCGGCUUUUUAUGAAGUCAAAUCACAAGGAAUAAACUUAGAAACAAAUAUUUAUUCAGUCAUCAAAAACAUGCACGAUACUGCAAUCCGAUCCGAAUCUUUUGGUCAAUAUAGAAGCGGUGAUGCUUUACUAUGGGAUGUUAAAAAAGAUUUGACCUUAGUGGGCUUAUCUGGUGGUUUAUUAUUGAGAUUGAGUGACCGUCAAGAUAUUGACUUUGUAUUAAAAGAGCAAUUUUUUCAUUAUUUAUCUCCUGAAGUAAUCCAAUUAUUAAAUUAUCCAAUUGGAGAUGACUUGAAGGACGAGUGGAUACGUGAGAAGGCUAGGCACCAUAUUAUCAAACACCCUUUGCUCCUGACAUCACAGACCCCAUUGCAAACCAAGAGCGGAGCUUGGAACACAAUUAUGAAUAUGGAUGAAUCACGGAGCACUGAUGUCAAAAGAAGUGACUUAAUAGUUGUUGCUUCACUUGUCGACAAGCCUCCCAACUUGGGAGGUAUUUGUAGGUUAUGCGAUGUUUUAGGAGCCGGGUUAUUAACUCUUCAUGAUAUUAAAGUGAAAGAGCACCAGCAGUUCAAAAGUGUUGCAGUCACGGCCGACCAAUGGAUGCCCACAACCGAGGUGAAACAAGAGGAUAUUAAAAGCUAUCUUUUAAGCAAGAAGAAAGAGGGUUACACUUUGCUUGGACUUGAACAAACUGACAAAUCCAUCCAGCUAGACAGUAAGUUCAAGUUUCCUGAAAAGUCUCUUAUUUUAUUAGGCGCUGAAAAGGAGGGAAUUAGGGGUGAUUUACUCGUGGAUUUGGACGAUUGCAUUGAAAUAAAGCAAGUUGGAGUUAUAAGAUCUAUGAACAUUCAAACUGCAACUGCUGUGAUUGUUCACGCUUAUUCCAUGCAACAUUGCUAA